ACAAGAUGCACUACUUCUUCUAUAUAAGGUCACUUCUCCCCCUUUGUUUCGAUAACUCCAGAUUAUUGCUGGAGCUCAAAACAUUCUUCAACAAAUAUUGUUUUUAUAUUAGGAAAACUCUAACCUUAUUAGAUUCUUGUACUAAUAAUACACAAAAAUGGAUUCAACUUUGGCUUACAUCAUUGUCCUCUUUCUUCUUACCUUAUUUUCAUUUAAGUUCUUUCCAAAACGACCUAAAACAAAACAAACAAGUGCAAAACUUCCUCCUGGUUCAAUGGGGUGGCCGUACAUAGGACAAACCCUUCAACUCUACUCCCAAGACCCAAAUGUUUUCUUCUUCUCCAAACAAAAAAGGUACGGAGAAAUAUUCAAGACGAACAUUCUUGGAUGUAAGUGUGUGAUGUUGGCAAGUCCUGAAGCUGCACGUUUUGUGUUGGUGACACAAUCUCACUUAUUUAAACCAACAUAUCCUAAAAGCAAAGAACGUUUGAUUGGUCCUUGUGCUUUGUUUUUCCACCAAGGUGAGUAUCACUUGCGUUUGAGGAAGCUUAUUCAGAGGUCUCUCUCCCUCGAUUCACUUCGCAACUUGGUUCCUGAAAUUGAAGCCCUAGCCGUAUCCACCAUCAAAUCUUGGGGUGACGAUGGAUGCAUGAUUAACACUUUUAAGGAAAUGAAAAAAUUUUCUUUUGAAGUUGGUAUUCUCAAAGUUUUUGGAAAUCUAGAGCCGAGGUUGAGGGAAGAGCUAAAGAAGAAUUAUUGGAUUGUUGACAAUGGUUACAAUUCUUUUCCAACUCAAAUUCCUGGUACACAAUACAAAAAGGCACUCUUGGCAAGAGAGAAACUUGGAAGUAUUUUGAAGGAAAUAAUUAGUGAGAGGAAGGAGAAGAAGUUGCUUGAAAGUGAAAGAGAUCUUUUGAGCUGUUUAUUGAAUUGGAAAGGAGAAGGAGGAGAAAUUUUAUCUGAUGAUGAAAUUGGAGAUAACAUUAUUGGAGUGCUUUUUGCUGCUCAGGAUACCACAGCUACUGUCAUGACAUGGGUGAUCAAGUACUUGCAUGAUCAACCAAAACUUCUCGAAUGUGUAAAGGCUGAGCAGAAGGCAAUUCACAUGGAAAAUGAUGGUAAACUACAGCUGAAUUGGAAUCAGACUAGAAACAUGCCAAUUACCUAUAAGGUUGUGUUAGAGAGCAUGAGAAUGGCAAGUGUUAUAUCAUUUCCAUUUAGAGAAGCAGUAGCUGAUGUAGAGUACAAGGGAUUCCUAAUCCCAAAAGGGUGGAAAGCAAUGCCACUGUUCAGAAAUAUUCAUCAUAAUCCUGAAUUUUUUCCAGAGCCUCAUAAAUUCAACCCUUCAAGAUUUGAGGUUUCACCAAAACCAAAUACUUUCUUGCCAUUUGGUAGUGGAGUACAUGCUUGUCCUGGCAAUGAACUUGCUAAGCUGGAGACCCUUAUUAUGAUCCAUCAUUUGGUCACCAAGUUUAGGUUGGAAGUGGUAGGAUCACAAUGUGGGAUUCAAUAUGGUCCAUUUCCAUUGCCUUUGAAUGGACUCCCAGCCAGGUGUUGGAGAGAAUCUACCAGCAUUGCUAGAAAAAGAUUCAUUGGGCAGAAAUGAAUGACAUCAUUGCUGAGAAAAAUUCCACUUUCUAGAGCCAUAAAUUAAUCUUUUUUUCUUUAUCUUUUCUAUAUUAAUUAACUAUGUAAUUUUUUUUCAUAUGUGGGCACUUCAACUUUUGCCCCUUCUAUUCUACAAAAUCCCCUGCAGGCGUCCUUAAAGAAAGAUUGGAAAAGCCUCGAUAGGGGGGGAUGUAUCUUUCAUAAUUUCAUUUACUCUGCAAAGCAUGAGAAUUUGAUAUAAAUAGAAUCAAGGGAUUUGGUUACUACUAUUAUAA